UGGAAAUGAAUCAGUGCUAAAAUGUGAACAGCAGAUAUAAGCGGACCAAUGAGCAUCUGGGAGUCAGGUGGCAUCAAGGCCCGUUCAGCCAAUUGCAGCCCUUAUAACAUCCUCACCAAAACGACAUCAGAGCAUUAGGUAGGACUGAAUCGCUGCUGCUCGCCGACAGCUCUGCGCCUUCUCCUUAGUAACAGCCAUUCUCUUCAUAUUCCGACUAUUAUAAUUUCUGAUAAAUUUAGCCAAUUUUUCUCUAGUGUCUGCAGACACACGUUGGACCCGCAUUUCUCCCGUCAGCGAAGGUUUUACAGUGGAAAUAAAAUGCGUGAGACGCGCAGCGAGGGAGCCGCAGCUGCAGAAGCGCCGCUGGUCGAGGACGUUUUCGACGACACUUACCGGGAAAAAGACGGCCCAAAACCGCCGAUGCAGAUCGUAUGGAGAAACGUCAUCUUGAUGAGUUUAUUGCAUUUGGGAGCCUUAUACGGCUUGUACAUGCUCCCAUCCGCUUCAGUUUUGACCUUGGCGUGGUCCAUCCUGUGCUUCUUAAUAAGUGCCCUGGGAGUGACAGCCGGUGCUCACCGGCUCUGGAGCCACAGGUCCUACAAGGCAUCGUUACCCCUCCGGAUCUUUCUAGCCAUUGCCAACUCCAUGGCCUUUCAGAAUGAUAUAUACGAGUGGGCCAGGGACCACAGAGUUCACCACAAGUACUCGGAAACGGACGCCGACCCCCACAACGCUGUCCGAGGUUUCUUCUUCGCUCACAUCGGGUGGCUGCUGGUACGCAAACACCCAGACGUCAUCGAGAAGGGCCAGAGGUUGGAGCUGAGCGACCUCAAGCAGGACCAGGUCGUCAUGUUUCAGAGAAAGCACUACAAGCCCUCCAUCCUGCUGAUGUGCUUCGUCAUUCCCACGGUGGUGCCCUGGUACCUGUGGGGAGAGUCCCUGUGGUUGGCCUACUUCAUUCCAGGGCUGCUCCGCUACGCGCUGGUGCUGAAUGCCACCUGGCUGGUGAACAGUGCCGCGCACAUGUGGGGCAACCGUCCGUACGACCAGUACAUCAACCCCAGGGAGAACAAGUUCGUCGCUUUCAGUGCCAUCGGGGAGGGGUUUCACAACUACCACCACACGUUUCCAUACGACUAUGCGACGAGCGAAUUUGGCUGCAAGCUCAACCUGACCACCUGCUUCAUCGACAUGAUGUGCCACCUGGGUCUGGCCACGGACUGCAAGAAGGUGUCCCGGGAGCAGGUUUUGGCUCGAUUACAGCGCACUGGGGACGGCAGCCACAGAAGUGGUUAGGGGCCUGUGGAAGAUGGAAAGGGUGGGGGCCCAAACCCCUAAACAAACGAAACAAAAGGCUUUUACAGUAUAGGUUUGGGGGUGCUUUUCUGUUGUCUAGCUAUAAUUAUGGCUUCCCGCCAUUUCCAGAAUUCUUAAGAUUAUUAAUAGCUUUAAGCAUACCUGGGCCUCUCUGUAAUUCAGUUUAAUUUCUCCAUAACUGCAGCAGAAUAUCCAGUCUGUGGUGGGGUGAGGACGGCCAAUUUUCGGCCAGGGUCACUAAUGCUGCGCGAAUUGACCCACGUGUGGACGAACCGGACCGGGUGCCGCAGACUAUUCAAAUCUCGUUAAUGUUACUGGACGUCGCAUGGGGCAGCAGACCAAACUUCUCAAGCUGCGGUUAAGCAGUAAUGGAGAAAUUAAAUUACGUACUCAAGCAGAAAUAUUUAUUAUUAUGGCAUCACACCUUUAGAUUUUUUAGAAACUUGCAAUGAAACGGGCAAGUUUGGUCGUCUUGGCUUCGUUUUUUGUUUUGUGUUGGUUUUUUCUUCCCCGAAAUGUGGGUCUCAUUCAGCCAAACACCAAGGAGAUUUAAUUUAUUACCCUCCUUGUUGAGGUAUGGUUCUUGAUCUUAAUGUUUAAUAGGAUUUUUAAAAUUCUACACUGGCAAGCACACUGCUGGGAGGUUAAUGAAACUCCACUUUGUAUUUAUCGUAAACGCAGCUGCUGCCAGUGUGUCCUUUAACAUUUCUGCAGUUUACGAUGAAACGGGAUAAGCUGUUGAUUUACCAGUAUUUUAAAGCCUUGUGAGGUUUUGGAGCACCGAUUGACUAACAGCGAUUUCUAACAUGGAUGAUGUUUAAAGUAAAUGGUUGUGGGUCAGACGAGGUUAGCGUGGAGGUGCCGUGUCCUGGAUAGCGUAUGCCGCGCUUUCGCAUAGCUCGUUAUGCACGUGGCAACUCGCGUCAACAGUAGAUGCUGCAACGUCUGGGGAUUUACGAUGGUUCUAGGGGAAGAAAGCCAUCGAAGAUUUUUUGGUAUUGAUGUUUGUAGAACAGAAUCAUGGGAGAAUCUGAAAAUAUUUUUUCUGUUUCGUGCUCUUCAAGUUACUUCAUCUUGCACAAAAAGACGAAAGAUUGCGUCAAUGUGCGUAUGUUGUUCCGAAUUGCGAUUCUCGCUGAUCUGGGAUGCAGGGCAGCCAACCUGCCUCAUGCAUCACUGGGCCGUAAAGAAAUACACACACACACACACACACACACACACACACACACACACAC